UUAGUGGAUGUCAUCUCGUGGUGGCAUGUUCUUCAUUUGUGGAAAUACUUGCCAUUAUAAGAAAUUCAUCCUGAACUAUCUGGACUUCCCUGCAUGGUGGGUUCUUUUUCCUCUUAAUUAAUGUUUAGUAAACUAAAUGCAAGGGUGGAUCAGGUGCUUACUAAGGUAGGGAAGCUCCGUUCAAAGUUCAAAUCGCCUACAAAUUUUCUCAGAAAAGAGAGAGAAAAGCAUACUCAUCCACAUGCCACAACCUGCAAAGUCAAGGCUAGUACACAAUUUGUUUCCACGUGGAACAGAGGAAGCCGAUAACACUAACUUGUUCUUGCUAGAAAUGCCUGUUAUGAAGCUGGCAUUGACCAUCUUCAGUUUAAGGUGUUGCUGCCAUUGCCCAUCCAUGGAUACAGCUGAAAGAAUUCUUUUUCCACCCCCUUCAAAGGGUCCUUCUGAAAGGCUUGUUUCAAACAAAUUGAGAAGUCGGGUCCUCCAGUACAUUUACAAGGAGAAGAUGAACGUUCAUUUGGCUACAACAAGCUUUGAUUUGCUGAUGUAUACUUUUGAGUGUGAAAGCUUUGGAGUCUGUUGCUUCAGAUAAUCAGAUAAACGGGGUUUUGAUCAAC